AUAAAUUAUGACAUUUUUAGAUAAUACAAAUGUAAGGAUUUACAAUAUUCUAAUUAACAGUAAGUUUUUUUUUUUAUCCAAAUUGUUAAACGUGUUGCACUUGUUUUAAGUACCUAUCUACCUACUUGCAUAUAACAUAGAUACGUAGGUAUCGAUUCAAACAAAUGUAAAAUUAAAUGUUUUUAUUAAUAUUUCUAGUUUCCAAAACUAUGUAAUUAAAGCCCAGUUUCACAAUGUAGAUAUGGAUCACGAAUUUUAUUUUUGUUAUUUUAGGAUAACCAUUUAUUAUAGAAUUAACUAUUUAACAAUUCAACAUUAAAACUAAGGUUUAUCAACUUCCUGUAAGCAAUCUAGCUUGUGCUGGAGGUUGAGAGUUAUAUACAGUGCUUAUGCAUUAACAUUUCAUAAAAAAUAUAUUUAUUAUUAUAAUUAUAUUAUAUUCCGAAGAAUGAAAAAAAGCUACUUUUAUUUUAGUUUUAUAAAAUAUGAAUUUAAAAUUCAAAGAUAUGUUAGUAAUAAAUAAUAAUAGUUAUCUAUUUGAUUGUUUAACAAAUAAUAAAUUAAAUUUUUUUUUUUUUUUUAUGAAAAUGUCUUCGGUUCGGCGAAAUGUUGUGAAUUAUCUUAAGCUAGUGCAAUUUAUAAUUCAUUAAAUUGUUUUUAGUAUUGUUCAAAAUAAUAUUAAAUAAUAUUCAACUGACUGUUUUUACUAUUUUCAGAUCCUAUAUCUGAACAAAGGUUCAAACAAUUAAAAGAUAGUAAGUUAACUUGUUGUCUAUAUUAGAAGUUUAAAACAAAUUUCCAUCAUCUAGCCUGUCUACUUAGUCCAGAUCUGUGACCGUUCAACACAUUCACUAAAUGUUAUCAUUAUACUUAAUUCUAUUUAUAUUUUUUGGUCAUAUAUGGAUUUAUGGAAAUUUAAUUCGUUAUUUUUUACACAAAAUUCCCUCGGAUUAAUGAUUUAUUGUAAAAUAUAUAUAUAAAAAAAUAAUUAUAUUUUAUAUUUUCAGCAAUAUCGAUUAAGGAAGAAGACUAUUCGGAAUAUUUAAUACGAGCCAAGCUACAUUGUAAAUAUUUCCUAUGCACACAUAAACUUAUAAACAUAAUUAAAAACAAAAAUACACAUUUGUCAGAAUUUUAGAUGCUUUCUAUUUUAGUUAUUCUUCUCAGGUUUCUAACUCAAUCGAAAAAGCAAUUUUUAAUAUUAUAUUAUUACACAUUAUUCAAAAAUCACAAAAUGGUUAGUUUCUCCGAGUUUUAUGAAAAACGGAUUUACACCUCGCGCAUCAUUCACGUGCGUGUAAUACUUUAUUGUAAUACCUUAAUUGGUUAUGAUGUGUUCUUAUUUGUGUAUGUUCGUUAGCAACUUUUCGACCAAAAAUCAUGCUCCGAUCAUCAACAUCUAUAGGAUUGUUAACGCAUUUAUUUUUUAUGUAGGUAGGAUUAACAUUUUUUAAAUUGUAAAACAAACUAGAAACAAGAAACUAUACAAUUUAAAAUUGAUUUAAAACAAAAUUAUAAUGUAUGAAAGUUAAAAUAAUCUAUAUAUAUAUAUAUAUAUAUAUAUAUAAAAAUAAAUGAAUCACUGUUUCCCUUGGUCAUUGCAUUACGUGAGAACGGUUUGACCGAUUUUGCUGGUUUUUUUUUUUUUGUUGUAUUUAUAAUACUUGGCAAGGAUUUUAUGAAAGAAAAUUUCUAAAAAGUCAACAGAAUAAGUAGAAAGAUUGAAAAAACUUAUUAACGUAUUAAAAAUAAAUAGUUCCAAACACAGCUUGUCCUAAUUUUGGCCAUUGUGGUAACACAAUGCGUGUUACAUAAUGAAAAGGUAAAGGUUCGACUUGUAUGGUUGAUCAUGGAGAACACGCUUUUAACACCCAGAUAACUUGUGUGAUUAUUUUUUUUGAAAAUGUUUCAUUAAAUAGCAAAUAAUACAAAUUAUUUAUUUAUAAUUUUUAUAAUACUUUAGUCUAAUAAUAAAACAUAAGCUAUUCUAUGUUCAAUUGUUAUAUUACAUUAUAUAAUAACUUCUAUAUGUAUAAUAGUUUAACGAAUCGAUAAUAUAAAUUAUUUAGUACCAAAGUAAUAAAUUAAUACCUAACUAUUUAGUAUAUGUUCCACUGAGCAAGGAUCUAUGGCAAGCAGAACUGAAUUUAUUAUAUGGAUUUGCAGGUAAAGUUUUCAAACUAAAAACUUUCAAUUUAUUUGUAUUAUAGUAAUUAAAAAAAAAAAUUAUAUUUUACAAUGUUCAAUAUUAUGACAUACCUAUUUAUAAUACAUUAUAGUAGGUGGUACAUAAUAUAAUUGCGUAAAGUAUAAUUUGUUUUCUACAUCACGUUUUGGAUUGUGUAGACUUAGAAAAGAUGUUAUAAUAUAAUUCUAAAGCUAGGUUCUCACAUAUCUAAAUAUGUGUUCCCAAAUAUUUGACGUGUGUCAAACUUUAAAUAAUUUAGAACCAUUUCUAAAAUAUUUUAACUUUGUCAAAUAUGUCAAAUAAUUAAUGGUUUGAUUUUAAUAAGUUGUGUUCAUCGUACAACAUACAAUAUUCAUAUACCACGACAAAAACUACAUUUGAUUUGGUCGUAAUAGGUAGGUAAUAUCCACUUGCGCAUUUUAAACAACUGUUAAAUUUGAUCAUACACUACGUUCGAGUUAAAAAUUAUAAAUAUUCAGAUAUACAUUUUGAUAUUCUGAUUUUUCAAACUAAUUUUAGAUUCUGAGUGUCGCGAAGAAUGUAUUGGCUUUACAAUGACAAUUUUUUUUUUUUAUUAUUCUUUGACGAAAAAAUCUUACUUUGAUAUGUAAGUGUGGCAUUCUCUGAAAGAAAAUUUUGUUUAGAUUAUUACUUCGGGGUCAUAUUUUGAUUUUCCAUGCGGUUUUCAUACCACUAUCAUUAUUUUAGAUUCUGAGUGAAAUGAAGAAUGUAUGGUUUUACAAAGAUUUUAUUUAUUUUUUUUUAUAUAGUGCGUACAAAAAAUCUUGCUCAGAUAAUACGCGUGGCACCAUUUCCGAAAGGGAAUAUUUUAUUAUUUUUAACUUUGUUUUUUGUUGUAAUUCAUUUCAAAAUAUUCCUAGAGACUUUAAAUUUGGAUGAAAACUUAAAUUUGCUUUUUCUAGACUCGAUAAAAUUUCAAAACAUUUUUAUCAUUUUUGAGCUCUUUAUAGACAUUUUAAUUUGUGAGUAAUUAUUAUUUGGUAGGUAGUGUGUGGAUAAAAUUGUUAGACCAAGCAGUAAUAAUUGAAAAUUUAACAGCUGAUUCAAAAUAAUUCAUACUUUGUGGUGAAAAAAAUUGAGUGUAAAAUAAUUUUUUUUUAUAAAAAGUGUAUUAAUACAACAUUUUGACGAAAAUCAUAAAUAUUACGGCAUUUCAAAGCUAUAUAUAUUCGAAAUUUUCUCUGAAUCGUUUUUCAUUAGCAGUGGUUUAUUGUUGCGUGCAGAUAUAUUAAAUUACCCUCUAUAUCCUACUUUCACAAUUAAUAUUGAUAAAACUAAUACAAUUUUAAUAUUGAAAUUUACGGCACACAAUAUUUGUCCCGUUGAAAGCAAAUUUUCUAUGGCAUGGAUUUGUAAGACAGACACAACAAAUGCAUAACGUAUAGCGUUCUCUUAAUCAAUAUAUUUCAAUUAUCAAUGAAUAAUAAACCACUUGGGCCGAUUAAGUUAUUAAUUAAAAAAAGUUCUCAUUUUGUCUUAUUUUACUUACUCUUUUAUAGAUUCAGAAGAAGAAGUCGUAAAAAAACUAAAACCAAAUGUUCACCAUGAAGGUAAAAUUAAAAUAUAAUAUAAUUUAGUUGUCCUACGACUUUGGAAUAGUUUCACAAUGUUUUUUUUUUAUGCAAUGGACAACUUUUUUACCGGAAAUUUUUCUCCGAUGUAAAAACGUAUAGUACUUUUUCUGAAAGGAAAUUUUAUUUGGGUGGUACCAUAAAGAAAUCGUUUUUUUGAUUUUCCUUGUAGUUUUUUAUUAAAUGAGUACAUCCGAAACAAAUGUAAANUUUUUAUUCGGUUUUGUUAGGCUUAACAGAGAUACUUGAACAUUUAACAGGAGUGACAUUAUAAAUUGUACUUGGUAGUAAAAAAAAAAAAUCACGUUUAAUUUAGUAUAUUUUUUUUUUUUGCAUAAGAAUUUUAAUAUCAAAUAUUGACAAAAAUCGUAAAUAAUACUUAGUUUCAAUAUAUGCAUAACCGAACUUUGCUUAGAAUCAUUUAAUGUUAGAGAUGGUUUAUCGUUAUGCACUGAUAUAAAUAAAAAUUCCACCCUAUAUCCUACCUUCACAAUUAACAACUUAUUAUCUACAACAAUGUCCAAUCUGUCGUGUGAAGUAUGUCUGUCAUAUUAAAUAAUUUAUUAUAAUAAUUAUACGUGUUCAUUUAUAGAUUUAAAAGUCAAAGACUGGCAUCAACAUAAAGGUAAAAAAAUGUAGAAACAACGGGAAAAUUUACGAAAAAAAUUGUUUUAUUAUUUUUGUGUAAUACUCUCUUAAUCAAUAAUUUUAAUCAUCAAUAAAUAACAAACCAACCGGGCUGAUUAAGUUAAUAAUUAAAAAAAGUUUUCCUUUUGUCUUAUUUCACUUACUCUUUUAUAGAUUCAGAAGAAGCCGAAGAAAAACUAGAACUAAAUGUUCACCACGAAGGUAAAAUUAAAAUAUAAUUAUUAAUUGUCGUACAAUGUUGUAAUAGUUUCACAAUGAUGUUUUUUUUUUUUUAUACUAUUGUAAUAAAGUGAAUAUAGGGGUACAAAAUAAAUGAAUGUAUACCCACUACGUGGAGUAGGCCGAAUAGGGUGAAUGGUUUUAUUUAUGGCAUUGUUAGAGAUCACUCCGUAUCUAUUCGAGUUUUCCUUAUGCAUUAGAUAAUGCGUUAUGUUUGAAAAAAUACCAGCUAUUAAUUUAAUACUCCAGCCAAAUGUUUUGUAUACGAUGGAUACAUUGAGUAUAGUGUUAAUUGUCAUUAGCGAAAUUUUUCCUAUGAAAAAUAUACCUAAAACGCCGGACGUUAUAUUUCCGAUUCCAGUGAACCAUCCCCACAUUUAUUCAACUCGGAGUGGACCAUAUUGCAUAUAGUUUGUUCACUAAUUAUGUUCCUGGUGUCAAAGCCUUGAUUUAUAACUUCAUGACCUGUUGUUUGCCGUAUUAGGUUUGUUUUAGCUGUCUCUGUUUCUUGUGGGUACAUAAGAUGUUUUUGCAGUGCGUUGAUUAUUUCUGGAGUAUAUAUUCCAGCAGUUAUAUAAUUAUCUGCACUUUCAUAGGACCAGGAUAUAGUAGUGACAGGUUUUAAUUUUUAAGGAGGACUUAUUUUGUGUGGUUUUGGAGUCAAUGCAGUCUAUCUUUUUGUGUCACUUGCGAAAGCGGCUGGUAUGUAUUCAUUUUAGUCUAUUUGCAUGCCAAAGUUUUGAAGUAUAUGCUUUAUUGGUGUCAUGUAGUACGUCUUAUUGUUGACGGAAACAGGUAGCUCGUUAAAACAUCUAUUUUGGAAAUUUAAAUUGACAUUUAUAGGGACACAUUUUUGGAGGUAAAUUAUUUCUCCCGUUUUUAUAGCUGUGUAUCCUGGUCCUUCUCCUAUUUUAUAUACAAACUCACUUAAAGAGUAUGAUGCGAGAGAAAGCUUUUGAAGUAAUAAUUGUUUCUCAAAUUCACAUUGCUUAUUGGUUGAGUCUGCGUAUAGCUUGGUUGUCGUUCUUUUAACUGUGAAUUCGAGAUAUACAAAUUUGGUAUUAAUGUAGGACAGUAGGUCAGUAUUGAAUGGUGUGAUUUCUUUUGGUGUAAAACUGUUUGCGUAAUUUUGAUCGGCGAUAAUUAAUAGUUGAGGGUUGUCUGUUUUGAAUACGGGAAUGUUGCAGGCAUAGGUUAGUGAUAAUUUUUUUAGGGAAAAGGCAAUGUGGUUUGUUUCCACAAUGAAUGACUCAGUCUUGGAUUUUUGUGUAGUGGCUUUUACUAUUGACGCUUCUCCGUCAUAUAGGACAUCAAAUUCACGUAUGCUAAACUCUUGAUGUUCGUUUUCCCAUACUACUUCUCCUUUGUAUUGGUCUAAAGUUUAGACUCUAAACCAUAUGAGUCGGACAAUUUUAAUCUUGAUACAGAUAAUAGGAUUAUAACAUUUUCUUUAUUAUUAGCUGAGGCUAUUCCUUCUGAUAAAUGUAUAGAAUACUAUUAUUAUAUAAGAUAUUUAACUAUAAUACAUACUAUUAGUAUUAAUCUAAAUUGACUUAGAAACUAAUAAAAUGAAGUGGUGUCCAUUAUAAUAAAAUGUAGUGUAGAUAAUAUUAUAUUAUGACAUAUACCAUAUGAACAUACACUAUGAACAACUUUUAUACCGGAAAUCUUACUCUGCUGUAACAUGUAAGUACUUUUACUGAAAAAAAAUUUUAUCUGGGUGGUACUAAAGGAGAGUCGUUUUUUUGAUUUUUCUUGUAGAUUUUUAUUAAUUGAGUAAAUCCGACAAAAAAUGUAGAAAGAACGGGAAAAUUUACGAAAAAAAAAUGGUUUUGUUUUUUUCGUAUAACGUUCUCUUAAUCUUAAUAUUUAAAUUGUCAAUGAAUAACAAACCACCUGGGCCGAUUAAGUUAAUAAUUAAAAAUAGGUUUCCUUUUAUAUUAUUUUGCUUACUCUUUUAUAGAUUCAGAAGAAGAAGCCGUAGAAAAACUAGAAACAAAAGUCCACCACAAAGGUAAAAUUAAAAUACAAUAUAAUUAUUAGUUGUUGUACGUUGUAAUAGUUUUACAUUGGUUUUUUUUUUUUUUUAUACUGUAAACAACUUUUUACCGGAAAUCUUUCUCUAUAUAUCACGUAUAGUACUUUUUCUGAAAGGAAUUUGUACAUGGGUGGUACUCUAGGGAAAUCGUUUUUUUGAUUUUCCUUGUAGUUUUUUAUAAGUUGAGUUAAUCCGAAAAUAAAUGUAGAAAGAACGGGAAAAUUUACGAAAAAAAAAAAUGGUUUUGUUUUUUUCGUAUAACGUUCUCUUAAUAUUAAUAUUUAAAUUGCCAAUGAAUAACAAACCACCUGGGCCGAUUAAGUUAAUAAUUAAAAAUAGGUUUCCUUUUAUAUUAUUUUGCUUACUCUUUUAUAGAUUCAGNUUCUUUGACGAAAAAAUCUUACUUUGAUAUGUAAGUGUGGCAUUCUCUGAAAGAAAAUUUUGUUUAGAUUAUUACUUCGGGGUCAUAUUUUGAUUUUCCAUGCGGUUUUCAUACCACUAUCAUUAUUUUAGAUUCUGAGUGAAAUGAAGAAUGUAUGGUUUUACAAAGAUUUUAUUUAUUUUUUUUUAUAUAGUGCGUACAAAAAAUCUUGCUCAGAUAAUACGCGUGGCACCAUUUCCGAAAGGGAAUAUUUUAUUAUUUUUAACUUUGUUUUUUGUUGUAAUUCAUUUCAAAAUAUUCCUAGAGACUUUAAAUUUGGAUGAAAACUUAAAUUUGCUUUUUCUAGACUCGAUAAAAUUUCAAAACAUUUUUAUCAUUUUUGAGCUCUUUAUAGACAUUUUAAUUUGUGAGUAAUUAUUAUUUGGUAGGUAGUGUGUGGAUAAAAUUGUUAGACCAAGCAGUAAUAAUUGAAAAUUUAACAGCUGAUUCAAAAUAAUUCAUACUUUGUGGUGAAAAAAAUUGAGUGUAAAAUAAUUUUUUUUUAUAAAAAGUGUAUUAAUACAACAUUUUGACGAAAAUCAUAAAUAUUACGGCAUUUCAAAGCUAUAUAUAUUCGAAAUUUUCUCUGAAUCGUUUUUCAUUAGCAGUGGUUUAUUGUUGCGUGCAGAUAUAUUAAAUUACCCUCUAUAUCCUACUUUCACAAUUAAUAUUGAUAAAACUAAUACAAUUUUAAUAUUGAAAUUUACGGCACACAAUAUUUGUCCCGUUGAAAGCAAAUUUUCUAUGGCAUGGAUUUGUAAGACAGACACAACAAAUGCAUAACGUAUAGCGUUCUCUUAAUCAAUAUAUUUCAAUUAUCAAUGAAUAAUAAACCACUUGGGCCGAUUAAGUUAUUAAUUAAAAAAAGUUCUCAUUUUGUCUUAUUUUACUUACUCUUUUAUAGAUUCAGAAGAAGAAGUCGUAAAAAAACUAAAACCAAAUGUUCACCAUGAAGGUAAAAUUAAAAUAUACUAUAAUUCAGUUGUCCUACAACUUUGGAAUAGUUUCAUAAUGUUUUUUUUUUAUACAAUAAACAACUUUUUUACCGGAAAUUUUUCUCUGGUGUAUAACGUAUAGUACUUUUUCUGAAAGGAAAUUUUAUUUGUGUGGUACCAUAAGGAAAUCGUUUUUUUGAUUUUCCUUGUAGUUUUUUAUUAAAUGAGUACAUCCGAAACAAAUGUAAAGAUAAUUAUUAUAAAUAAUAUUAUUUUUAAUUUUAUUUUUGUUGUGGUUCAUUUAAAUAUCCGUAGUGAUUUGAAAAUUUGAAAGACAAUUUAUGCUGGAAGUGGUAAAAUUUUCAAAAUAUUUGUGCGAUUUUUGGGUUAUUUAUAGACAUAAUACUUUUGUGAGUUUUGUAUGUAAUUUUUAUUCGGUUUUGUUAGGCUUAACAGAGAUACUUGAACAUUUAACAAGAGUGACCAUAUAAAUUGUACCUGGUAGUAAAAAAAAAAUCACGUUUAAUUUAGUAUAUUUUUUUUUUUGCAUAAGAAUUUUAAUAUCAAAUUUUGACAUAUGUUAUGCACAGAUAUAAAUUAAAUCCCACUCUUUAUCUUAUCUUCACAACUUAUCAUCUACAACAGUGUUCAAUCUGUCGUGUGAAGUAUAUCAGUCAUUUUUACUAAUUUAAUAUAAUGAUUAUACGUGUUCAUUUAUAGACUUAAAAGUCAAAGACCGGCACCAACAUAAAGGUAAAACUAUAGUAUACAAUGUACAAUAAUUACUAUUAAAAUUGUCUAUUUGUAUUAAUUACAACACAGUUAUAAUAUUUAGCCGUAGAAUUCUAUUAUUAUAUUAAUUUUAUAUUAUAAAGUAUACAGGGCGAUUCACUAAGCGUACUUAUGCGCAAUUUAACCUAAAAACGGGGGUGAGCACGUUUAGUUAAUCACCUUGUAUAUGAGUAAUAAUUACACGAUCACUUAACAAGUUGUAAAAGUUGUAACAAAAGUUUAAACAUAAUUUUCAUUAAACAAUUAUUUUUUUUAAAUAUAAUAAUAAUUUGCUUGCGUAUCUAUUUAUAAAUUUAAAACGUUUACAACAAGAAGAUAAAAAAAGGAAAAUUUACGAAAAAAAUGAUUAUAUUAUUCUUCGUAUAACGUUCUUUUAAUCUUAAUAUUUAAAUUGCCAAUGAAUAACAAACCACCUAGGCCGAUUAAGUUAAUAAUUAAAAAUAGGUUUCCUUUUAUAUUAUUUUGCUUACUCUUUUAUAGAUUCAGAAGAAGAAGCCGUAGAAAAACUAGAACUAAAUGUUCACCAUGAAGGUAAAAUUAAAAUAUAAUAUAAUUAUUAGUUGUCGUACAAUGUUGUUAUAGUUUCACAAUGAUACAUUGGUUUUUUUUUUUUUUUAUACUGUAAACAACUUUUUACCGGAAAUCUUUCUCUAUAUAUCACGUAUAGUACUUUUUCUGAAAGGAAUUUGUAUAUGGGUGGUACUCUAGGGAAAUCGUUUUUUUGAUUUUCCUUGUAGUUUUUUAUUAGAUGAGUUAAUCCGAAAAUAAAUGUAGAGAGAACGGGAAAAUGUACGAAAAAAAAAAUGGUAACAUUAUUUUUAAUUUUUUUUUUUAUUGUGAUUUAGUUAAAUCCGUAAUUAGUUGAAAUGUUGAAAAACAAUUUAUAGUAGAGGUGGUAAAAUUUUCAAAAUAUUUAUGCCAUUUUUGGGCUAUAGACAUAUUCAUUUUGUGAGUUUUUUACGCAAUUUUUAUUUGGUUUUGUUAGAUUUAACAGAGAUACUUGAACAUUUAACAGGAGUGAUAUUAUAAAUUAUACUUGGUAGUAAAAAAAAAAAUCACGUUUAAUUUAGUAUAUUUUUUUUUUUUUGCAUAAGAAUUUUAAUAUCAAAUUUUGACAAAAAUCGUAAAUAUUACGUCCUUUUAAAAUAAGUAUAACCGAACCCUGCUGAUAAUUAUUUUAUGUUGGCAAUGAUUUAUCGUUAUACACAGAUAUAAAUUAAUUUCCACUCUAUAUCCUACCUUCACAAUUUAUUAUUUACAAUAGUGUCCUAUCCGUCGUGUGAAGUAUGUAAGGAAAAACUAUACUAAAACAGUAAUAUAUGUAACGAUAUAAAAUUAUGUAAAUGUCAAACAAUUAAUAAAUUCAUUUAAAACAGAAUAUAUUUAAUUUACCUACCUAAUCGUAAUUAUUGUACGUGUUUAUCUAUAGAAUCCGAAAUACCGCCUAAAGGUAAAUCAACAAUGUAUAAUAUAAAAUGGUUAUUGUUAAAAUGUGUAAUUAACCGUGAUGUAUAAAGGAAUUUUGUUGUUUGGGAGGAACAGGUGACCAGUUCACAUCACAUUACAAUACAGACAAAUCAUAAAUAUUGCAGAGUUAGUAGGUUUGAAAAGGAAAACUUUAUUUUAAAUAAUCAAAUGUAAAUUUUAAUUUUCUACCUUUUCGAUUGUUUGAAAACGUAUUUAUUGCUAUAUCAUCCGUCAUAUUUACAUCUUUUCGGAAUGAUAACAGAACUAGUUCUGUAUGCUGUAUAUCUUACGACUUACUUAUCUGCUAUCAGAUAUAGCAUUCUGAAAAUAAUUUUUCUAAUCUCCUUAAUGUUAAAAAACUUCUCUAUGCCGUCAUAGCAAUGCUAAGUACGAUGGUGCGAUCGCACUACCUAUGUAAAUUUUAAAAUAAAAUGCAAUUUGAAUGUAUACUUGUUAUAAUUAAAUUGUUUUUUUAAUUUACUAGGUAUUAUAUUUUAUUUUUAUGUACAUUUCUCACUAUGGUCAUAAUCUAAAAUGUUUAUUUAAUGGUUUUAUAGAAAACAAAAAUGUUUAUAACAUAUUUGCCAGUGAUUGUCUUUACCUCUUCACCCAAAUUUGAUCUUUAUUUGAUAAUUUUAGUAAUUUUACUUAAAAUGAUUAUAAUAAAUUGUAAUUAAAUAAAUAUAUUAUUUUAUAAUAGUCCUAUAAUAUUUAUACUAAAUAAAUGUAUAAUUAUUAUUAGUUUUUGAAUUGAAUACAAAAUAUUUAAAAGAAAAAUGCAUAAUGAAAGUUCCAAAAUCCGAAAAUCUAGAUUUUGGUUUUUUCAUCACUAUAGUAAAUCAGCGAAUCGGAUGAUUAUCUAAAUUUUAACGAAAAGUUUUUGAGUAAUUCGGAGAAAUUGCCUUUUAUGGGGACUGAAUAUCGACCAUUGCAUAGGAGUCGUGUAUAGGCAAUUUCUUAUUUUGUUAAGUGAAAUUAUCAAAAACCCAUUUUAUGCUAUAGUCCUUAGUGUUUAAAUUAGAGUAACUCAAAAACUAGUAGCAGUUCCCAGUAGGGGAGGAUGGGGCAAGUUGAUACAAAAUUCAAAUAAUUAAUUUUUACUACAUUUUUCUGAAAAUGAAAUGACACAUUAGCAACAUAACAAGCAUUUUUUUUUAAAAAAAAUAAUUUUUCCAAAAUUUAAAUUAAACUCACAAACUCAUUUUGUAACAAAUUGCUCGCAGGUGAUACAACAGAGGGUAAUUUGUUACAAUAUUUUAAAAUUAUAAAUUUAAUUUUAUUAAAUAAAAUUAAAUAAUAAAACUAUUCUUUUUUUAAUUUGUAAGGUUUUACUAUUAUCAUACAAAUUUGAACAUAGUUAAAUACUCAAAAAUUUGGAAUAAUAUCAUUAUAUUAUUCCAAAUUUUUAAAUGAUCAAGAGUACAUUUUAAAUCGUACAAUAUAAAAAAAACAAUUUUAACUUUUUAUUCUGUUAAUUUAUAAGUAACAACGUGUCCCGAUGUAAAUGUAACAACUAGCUCUAACAAAUACGUGUUAGUAUAACUAAUUUUAUUACUUUGACAACUUGUCUUAAAUCACUCAUUAUAUUAUGAAAUUGUACGUCAAAAGCUAAACAAUCAAUUGAAUAGUUACAAAAGAAGUGACCUUUAAAACAAUUUAUUUUACUUGAUUCGAUGCAAAUCAUGAAAUGUAGAUUUGAGGUAAGAUUUUCAGAAAAAUUGUUAUAUCAAUUAAUCAAUAUUAAUUAUGAUAACAGAAAAAAAAUGUUUGGGUAACACAUAUUUACUUUAUCACCAACUUAAUUACGAAGUGUUACCACCAAUAUUUUUUUUUAAAUUGAACUGUAACAACUUACCCUUGUAUCAAACAGCCCCGCCCUCUCCUAAUGCUACACUUUUUAAAUACUAUAUUUUUUACCUAAUAAAUUCAUCUAGAAUUUCAAUUAAUCCAUACUUUAACCAUUUUAUAGACCAGAAUAACCAAACUGUGUUAAAGACAAUUACAAGUUAUAUGCCUUCCAACCUUACGAAUUUGUUUUGGUCUAAAAAAUCCUAAGGUAAUAUUAACUACUAUCUAAAUUCUAUAUUGUAAUAAAAUAAAGAUCUAAUACAUAUAAUAUAAACAUAAAAAGAGGUACUUUUAACAAAAAAGGUAAUUUAAUUUUGACGGAAAACUUAAUAUAUUUUCUUUUAAUAGACGUGGUAAAAUUUCGAAAACAUUCAAGCCAUUUUGAGCUAUUUAGAGACACUUUAAUUUUUUUUUGCACAAUUUUUAUUCGGUAGGUAUCCUGUGAAUAAAAUUGUUAAACUAUAGAGAAAUACUUGAUACUUGAAAAUGUUACUGACGAUUUAUUAUAAAUCGUACUUAGUGAAAAAAAAAUUGAGUUUAAUGUUAUGUUUUUUUUUUUUUUUAUAAGAAAUUUAAAAUCAAAUUUUGUCGAAAAUUAUAAAUAUUAUGGCCUUUCAAAACAUGUACAACCGAACUUCACUCCGAAUCGUUUUUCACUAGCAAUAGUUUAUCGUUGGUUACGGGUAUAAAUUAAAUAACUUUAUGUAUUCUACUUUCUCAACUAUCCACCUAAAGUGGCUGUACCCAUCCCCAGUACCAGUAUUUUUUCCACUUGAUACGUCUUCCACAGUCAUUGGCUGUAGCUCUUUUUCAUUUCAGAAUAAUAAUAGUAUUCAUUGAAGAAAAUUCUUACAGAAUACCUACCUAGAUAGGAAACGAUGAGUUUAAAAACUUAGUUCUUUAAUUACCAAAAUAAUAUUUUCCCUACUUUUUUUAAUAAACUUUUAGAAAUGUUGAACCAAAUUUGAAAAAAUAUGUUAUAAAACCGUUUUAAUAAGUAGGUAUGACAUUUUCCCACAUGGAAUUGAAAAAUUGUUAAAUAGACUACCUUUUGCUUCGAAUGCACACGAAUCCGUAAAUGCAUCUAAUAACCUAUCAUACAAUAUUUGUUUCGAUCAGGAACUUCUACUUGUAACAUUAAAAGAAAAACCGUAGGCAACAUGCAAAUAUUUCAAUAAUAAUAAAAGUAACAAUAAUUCAAUUUCUUUUAGACUCUAAACGAAGCAAAGUAUGUAUUGGUUUUAUCAUCAUGUGUUUUUAAUAUUUGUUUUGUUUGUGUUUUAACAACUUUUUUACUAAAAAUGUUGCUUCUAUUUUCAAAUUUAGUGUAUUUCUAUGAGCAGAUUUUAUUAAAUUGGUGCAUUGAGGAGUAUAUCUUUUGAUUUUUCUAUUAAUUACAUUUAAUAACUUGGAUAAAUGGAAAAUAGGACAGUUUACAGAAAGAACGGUUUCAUCAUUUUUGAUUUUGUUUUUUUAAUUGUAAUUUAGUUACAAAUAAUCGUGCAGAGACAUUAUAAAUUCAUAGAACGCGUCUUAUAUUAGUCCUUUCUAGAUGUAGUACUAUUUUCAAAAUAUUUGAUAAUAAGCUACUUAUGCAGGAGUAGUAUUAAUUUGUUCCUUCUCUAGUUCUCUCACACAGUAAAAUGCCCUUUAUAAAAUUGACCUCUUUUUAUUUUUUUAAUAAUUUAAAUGUUGUUUUAUUUUCUAAAUGUUUAUUAAAUAAUCGCAUAUGUUUAUUUAACGGCUAAUCCACGACUAAAACUUGAAAAUAAUUUACCACGUACAAUAGAAAAAAAUAUAAUUUAAUAAAACCAGUUAAAAAACAUUGGUAAAUAAAAUAUUAUUUAAAUUAUUAAAAAAUAAAAAUAAGCCUUCUAUGUGACAGAAGGAACAUGAAAAAAGGCCAAUUUUUUUAGUUUUAUGUGGCGUUUUGUUGCGUAAUAAAGGAAAAAAUUAAUACUAUUUGCAAGCAUUUUAAACUAUCGAGUUAUUUGGUUUUAUACUGAUAAAAUUGUUUUGACCGACCAUAAAGAUUUUUAAAAUGAAUACGAGCAUAGGUGUCAUUACAAAGUAGCGAAUGGUAUCAAAUACCCUAUGAGUAAUUUUUUGAAAAAGUGUAAUUUUCUUGUUUUCUUUUUCAUAAUAUUAUCACACGAAUAAAAUAAUUAUGCUCCUGGCAACAUUGAAUUUGAACGUAUAUAAUGAUCAGCCACAUUAAUCCACUAAGCCAUCAUACCACAUAAAAUAAUAACAGUAUAAAUAUUUAUUUAAGUAAUAGGUACAGUUUAUUAAAUAUACAUCCGAGAACGUGGUUAAUAUUAUUAUGAUACAUUUGCUACUUAGACAUAUGAUAAUUACAUAGUCACAAAUUAUUCAACUGUAUCAUAAUCUUUCUGGUUAAACCCACAGUCGCAUACGACCUUUUGCUUUCACGAAUAACAAAUUCUAUGAAUUGGUUGCCUUUUUAAGUUGUACGAACGAGCAUACCGGUGAAUGAUACGCAUGUUCUUUCCAAGGAUCGUCCUUAAUUUCCCACUCAUGAAGAAUUAGUCCAUAAUUAAAACAUUGAACACAGUCUACAGCACCUAGGAAUUCGAAACCAACUUCACACAUUGGCAAUUUGUUCAAAUGUUUCAGAGUGAAUAAAUCGAAUGUUAUGAGUCUCAAUGCAAAUGUAGUUAGCUCUGGGUAUUUUGGAUUUUGACUUUUACGAAUGUUAUAUAAUAAAUUUGGAAAAUCAUUCGAGUAUUUUAAUAAAUCUAUAAAAUUCAUAAUGAAAGAAACGAUAAUAAUAUUUUGCAAAUAAUACAACCGUAUCAGCUGAUGGUUAAUGUUCAAUUGAUGCUUAAUGGACAACGAUCAGAACUUGACUAAAAAAUAUACUUUGUCUAUGUAUGCCUCACUUUAUAAAAUAUAACUAAAUGUCUGUUUUUAUUUAUAAAAAAAUACGAAAAAUAAAAUCUGAGAAAAAAUAUACACAAAAAUAAAAAAAAGAAGCCAAAUUUGUAUGUGGCGUUUUGCUGCAUGAUACAAUGAACAAAUUAAUACUAUGUAUCUUCCAUUUUAAUAAUAAUAUAAUAUUUAUAAAUUUAAAUAAUAUAAAGAAAAAAUAAUACCUUUUAAAUAAAGUUAUAGUUUAACAAAAUUAUUAAAUCAUUAGACCGUAUAUAAGUCUUUCUAUUCGUGAUAAUUAUUUUUUUGGUGUUCUAUCAUUAUUAAGAAAAGAACAAAGAAUAAAAAUUAAUUACUUCCACAAUGCACUAAUUAAACAUAUUAAUUUCGAUUUGAUAAAGCAUUUUGGUCAAAAAUGUAUUGCGGAGAAUUAAAAAAAAUGUCUCUCGGUAAAAUAAGAACAUUAUAAAAUUUACCCAAAGUUUCUUAAUUAAUAUUAUAAUAUUCUAUAUUUAACGAUAUAGAUAUAACGUUCAUUUAUAAGGUUUAUGAAUAUUGCAGAUAAUAAUAUUCAAUGGCGAAGAAGAUAGAAAUAUAAUAUGCAUCACUAACCUCCUAAAAUAUAUAAAUCUUUAAUAAUAAUAAUAAUAAUAAUAAAACACUAUAAGAGCUACAUAAUUAUUUUGAUUUAUUUGUAUUAUAUCCAAAAAUAUAUUUUUUCACCAAAACAAAAUGAUUGUAUUAGACAUCCAAUGUAAACUACCCACAUAUUUAUUUAAAAUUAAGAAUAUAGUUUAGGUUAUAUAGAUACCUAAGUAAUUAAUUAUUAUAACAAGAAUUAAAUUUAUGAGCAAAAUCAAUAAUACACAUUGUAAACAAUUUAAACAACUGAAUGUUAUCAUUUCGCAAUUCACAACGCAUCUAACUAUUUUUUUUCUUAACAAUAAAGUACCUACCUAGUCAUAAUGUGC